GCCUUACCGCAGUUGAGCAAGGUACGUGAUAGAAAGUGCAUUUCGUAGUAACGGUACUUAAGUACUCGUUUGUACUGUCCAUUGUUUCGUUAUCCUGCACUCUGUGAUUCCCCAGUGGCAUAUUUGUAUGAUAUCAUCGCUCGAGGCUCAUUCAGUCUCCAGUGUUCGUCGGUCUGUGGCACGCGUAGGUGGCGUGUGAUUGUGUUUUAUUCGUGUGUCCUUGAUUUGAAACAAGUUGCCGACAUGUCGCAAGAAAAACCCGUUUUCGAUUACCACGAUGAGAGCCAGAGCGAGAAGCUUAUGCGCAAGACGAAGGAAUCUCCUUUUAUGGUCUUAGCUAUCGCGGGUUGUGCGGGCGCGGUCGGCUACGGCGGCUGGGCGUACAAGAACCGCGGCGCCAUGAGCACCAGCGUGUUCCUGAUGCAGUUCCGAGUGAUCGCGCAGGGCACCGCCGUCGGAGCACUAUGCGCCGGCAUGGUCUACACUCUAUACAACAACCACUUCAACAAACCUAAGGAAAAUCUCGCCAUCCUACCCAAAUCAAACGAGCAUUAACUUGGUGCUGUCGAAUAUUUAGGUUCUAAGAUCGAGUAGAAAAUAUUUGAAGUUUUAAGUAACGCUUCUCGACUGGGAUAUCGGUGCUUCUAAUUCUUCGAUGUUCCUACAAUAACUAUUUAGGUACUAUUUCAUUUGGAACUCCACAUUCAGUUCCUACAUGGAACUAGGUACCUAUGAGUGAAAAAAUGUUAAGAAGCCCGUUUAAUACUUUGUAAUCGAAAGUGCAAUUGUACUAUUGUUUCUCACAGUAUAAAACAAUGAUGUGACCGGUGCACUGAACACCGUCGGAUUCCAUAUCUACCUUA